AUGCAAGCAGCAUUGCAAGGAGGCGGCAUCGCUGGGAGCGCGUCGAGUCUGGCGGAAACGACCCUCGCCGGUUUUUCGUGGAGCCCCUUUGAUCGGCUGUCUUCAGGCGUCAAAACGGGCGGAAACCGACCCAUCACGGACCUAAGUACGGAACGGCCGUUGGAUACAGUGGACAUGGUGCUACAAGAACGGAUAGCUGGCUCCGUCGAAGGAGCGUUUGAGCCCGUCGACAUCUCGCAGCAGCAGUGGAAUCAAUGCUUAAGGCAAAUGCCAGAGGCGAAUGUGAUGGUUGACCGGGCCUGUCCCUAUCGAGGCCAUCGCCUUACUAGUCCCUGGCGUGGGGAGAUGGCGCUGGACCUACUUGGGACCGGGCGACUGUUCGUUCGAGAAGGAGCGCUAGGCCUUCUGUGUAAAGUGUACUUGUCCAACCUGCGGCUUGUGUUUGUCCCCCUUCAAGCUAAGAAAGACCUGUCGAAAGACGGCGGUAUAUCGCCAAAGCAGCUGGACGCACUGCCUUCGCCGGACAAGCUGCCCACGCCCGACGUACUGCCCACGCCCGACGUACUGCCCAUGGCCGACGUGCUGCCCACGCCGGACGUGCUGCUGAAGCAACAGGAAAAGGAAGACGGGGAGAAAAUGGUGGCCUCUACCAUUUUCGGGGGUUGCCGAAUCCGUGACACAGAUGAGAGCGCUCCCAACAAAAGAUCUGUGGUCGAUCCGCUGUUCGGGGACAGCCGGACCGGACUACCUGCGGCCGCAUCGCUUGCAAUGCCUGCCGCGAACGAGCCCAGAGAUAACACGCUAACUGCUUUAGAAGGGGCCACGUUCGAUGAAGAGCUCAAGUAUUUGAUGGAGUCCAACAUGUGGACCAUUUUAAGGGGUCACACACUUGACUUGAAGUUUACCAAAAGAGUCACGAGGUCGCGAUCAAGGCCCGAUUGCCACCAGGAUCCCCUCUCCGUGAAUUCUGAAAGUGUCAUUGGCAUAGUUUUCACCAUCAUUCUGCUCAGCACCAAGGAGUUAGUGCUGCAAUUUGAUGGCAGUGAUAUUCGGCAUGCAAGAGAUGCAUUAGUUAGUUUCCACCAACACUUCGACCAUCAUACAUUUAAGCCGUCAAAGUCGGCUGUUGAGCUGAAGAAAGGUCGGUCAUCCCAAGACAAUCAACGAGUCACUGGCGACCCAUUCAAUGGCGACCCAUUCAAUGGCGACCCAUUCAAUGGCGACCCACUCACUGGCGACUCACUCACUGGCGACCCACUCACUGCUAACCAGGUAGUAGGUGGAAAGUUCCCCGACGACCAGUUCGGCCCUAGCGACGAGUUCGGUCCCAGCGACCAGUGCAGGGUUGAGGAAGCAACCAGCGUUAAGCGGGCAGCCAGUAGGGCUGCCCAGGACACAAGCACUGUGGAUGAAUCUGCACGGGAUCUAUAUUUGGAACCCGCGGUCAUAUUCGGUGUUUUUGACCCAACGAGUUACUAUGACAAGUGGGGCGGACUCAAUACUUGCAACAGCUACUACAAAGUCUGUGACUCCUACCCUCCUGGUAUCCCUUUAGGAGGAUUGAGUCUGAAUGAAUGUCAGAUCCAGGAAAUAGCCAGGUUCAGAGCCAGGGGCAGACUGCCUAUUCUGUGCUACCGUACUCCCAGCGCUUCCAUGUGGAGAUGCUCACAACCCCAUACCACCAUGCUUGGCAAACGCUGCCAGUGGGAUGAAUGGUUGGUUCGGGCGGGGCUACACCCACUGGAAGAGGUGUCCUCUCAAGUCGCCCCUGGACCGGCGGGUUUUUCUGGACCCGCCGCUCUUUCAGGACAGGCGGUUCUUUCUAGACCGGCGGUUCCACCUGAACCGGUCCCAACUCAAGCCGCAGAAACUGCAGAUGGCCCUUCACCCAGGCUAUGGGAUCCACUUCGGCUUUCAGGACCUACCAUGUCCAGACCUGGCACCGGGCCAACAGCCGCGGCUGCGAGUGACGCAAUAUUCCCCAAGACGGAUUUGAAUAUAACGGCGUUGAAUCCGCCGGCGGAUGUUCGUCAGAUUACUUGGGAUGUACCUAAGACCGAAAAAGAUUCAUCGGCUGAUUCGAUUUUGCAGCCUCCACCUAUUUUGGCGACUCGGAGGAUCCAUAUUUAUGACGCGCGCCCGUUUGCAAACGCGUUUGUAAACAAAAUAACUGGCGCAGGAUAUGAGUCAACGAAUGAAUACGUGGGUUGUUCAAUCGAUUUCGUCUCGAUAGAGAACAUUCACAUAGUUAAUGGUAGUAUGAAUGACUUAAAGUCGUCAGUAGCCCGUUAUUUCGACAAGGAAGUCGAAAUCCAGAAGCAUACUGGUUGUGUCGUGUCUACCAAGUUGGUAAGCGAGGUUAUGCCGAAAAUAUAUGCAAGCCGAUGGUACGACCAUAUACAUGCUUUGCUGAAUGCGUCUUACCAAAUUGCGCACUUAUUAAGCAACGAGGAGACGGUACUAGUCCACUGCUCGGAUGGCUGGGAUAGGACUGGCCAGUUGACAUUCCUUUCUCUUAUAUUCAAGGACGCCUCGUGCAGGACCCGGAGAGGCUUCUGUCAGCUGAUCGAAAAAGAAUUUAGCUGGGUAGGACACAUGAUGAACACGAGACUCGGCAUAGGAUAUGUUCCGGAAAUAACAUUCGCCAAGCAGUAUGCACAGCAACGCGGAUUCAGUACGGAAUCCGGACCCUCCGGAAUAACCAACGCUCCCACCAGCAACCAAGGUCAUAGUUCUCCGAUUCUACUGCAACUUCUCGAGUGCGUCUGGCAGCUACUAAGCCAAAAUGAAGACAAAUUUGAAUUCUCUGAAGACUUCCUUCUUUGUCUCGCUGGACAUCUCUACGCCAAGAUCUGGGGAGAUUUCGUCUUCAAUACACAUAAGGUGAACUUCUCUUCCCCCCUUCACUUACUGCUUCCCCCCUUCCCCCCUUCACUUGCUCCUCUUAUUUUCAUUCUCCUUCGUCCAGGAUCGGAUUACAACAAGGCAAGUAUUCACGUGGAAAAGUAUCCUCAAGCUUUUGGCGUCUGA